AUGUCAGGCACCGACAAGUCCCACGCUACCGACCCAAACAACAAGUCUGCUGUCCCUAAGGAAGUACAGGAAGCAGUGCCAAAGGAUGUCGAGGAUGCGCUGCCCAAUAAAGUCCACGAUACUGGCAGUGGUGGCUCAAAGAGCCACGCCACCAAUCCACAAGACAGCAUCGUGCCUGAGAGCAUUCAGCAAGCCGUCCCAGAAUCGGUUGAAAGAGCCCUGCCAGAGAGUAUUCACCCUACCGAGGGCGGCAAGAAGUCUUAG